AUGCCACUUGGCUGGGUAUCUUCUCUUCUACUCAUUUGUAUUCUUCAGUUGCUCAAGAUGUCAACACCCGAUUACUACAAGAUCUUGGGCAUCACCCAAGAUGCGACCCAACAACAGAUCCGCACUGCCUACAAGAGGGAGUCACUGAAGUCCCAUCCGGAUCGAGUCCCCGCCGACUCACCAGAGCGACCAUCCCGCACUCGGAAGUUCCAAGACAUCAACGAUGCCUAUUAUACCCUUUCUGACCCCACACGCCGUCGUGAAUAUGACUCCACCCGCGCAUUUGAGGCAGAGACCGAAGCAGAGGAAGAAGUUCCACCCGGUGGCUUCUCCUGGUCCAACUUUGGAUUCGGUGGUAGUCGCGAUGACCGGGACAGCGACCAGUUUGGGUCUGUUUUCGAGGAGAUGCUGAGAGAGGAGGGCCUUGCUGAGGAAAAUGAUGGACAAGGCGGCAGAAGGACUCGCCCAACGGGGAGGUUCUGGGCUCUCGUUGGCGGUGUCAGUGGGGGCGCAAUGGGCUUCAUUGUUGGCAACUUCCCUGGCGCCCUUGCUGGUGCUGUCGCGGGUAACCGUCUAGGUGCCGUGCGUGACGCAAAGGGAAAGAGUGUCUACGAGGUAUUCUUAGAUCUUCCCACGCCAGAUCGCACCAGGCUGUUGAGUGAGCUUGCGGCGAAGGUCUUCCAGUCCACUAUGGGCCGUUGA